AUGACGAAACAACGUGGUAGAAAAAGGAAGUUCUCCGAAUGCAAGGAGAAUAUGCCUCCAAAAAUACGGAUCGAUCGAACAAAAAUCGUUUUGAACGAACAGGAUUGGAUGCCAGCUGCUGCAACUGAAUUUUACAACAGCAAGCAUUACGAGAGACUUCGAAACGAACUGGCAUUGGUUGAUAAUGAUAUUGUCUUCUUCGGCCCGUUUCGAAAGCUGAAAGAAAAUUCUGACGUGAAUGGAGUCGAGUUGAUCAUGCUUGAUCGCGAACCGUCGGAUCUUCCCGAGAUGCAAACAUUCAUGAAGUGUGGUACGGGACGAUAUUCAUUCUGGAGAGAUGAACCGUCUGAAAGGAAUCCAGUCGUUAUGUUUUUGGAUCAACAUACUUGUCCUGAAGUGACUGUUGUCGGGAAUAAAGUCGAACACGCUAUCCACCACCUGUGCAUGAGAGUUUCGAAAUAUCAAGAUAAUACCAAGGAAAUAAAGGAAGCUAUCUCAACAAUUCUCGACAUUCUUGGAGACAACGCCAUGAAAGAUGAAAUUGCUCGUGUCAUCAGAAAUCGGAAAAGAGAAACUAUCGUUGGGAUAGUCGGGCCUGGGUUGCUUGUUGGUGAAUUACCGAGAGGAGGCUCCCGAUAUCGAGUUAUGGAUGAUGCUCAAAAUCCGAAUAUCGAAAGCUUGCUCCGUUGCUUGAAGCAUGUUCCAUUUCCAAAACAACAAGAUACAGUAGUUGACAUAAUUGACUCUCUCAUGGGUGACUUUACGGUUUAUAAUGAUGAAGGGUUCUACGGAAACGGUCUCGAACUCGGACAUUUGCUCUUCCUCGCUAAUCACAAAUCGGUCUCCAAUCAAGCCCUAAUAUUAUUGCAAACCGCCUAUCAGCUCCUCAAACGCAACGAUUUUAUCACCAUUCUCAAGCUCACUCUCGAACUCCGCGAUCAUUAA